AUGAAGACAUUCUCGUAUAUGGCGCAGAUACCCAGCGAUGUGACACGCUCACUCAAUGACCUCAAUCCGCCAUCCGGCCUCAGCCGUCAUCUACCACCUCCGCCCCCGAUGCCGACUCCCAUCCCCCCACUGCCACACACGUGGGACGGCACAGAAGACAUGAAGGUGUGGUUGAAUGCCAAAAUGGAAGAGGAUCGACGCAAACAGGAAGAAGCGAGAACGCAGCAGGAGCAGAUGAAACUCGAGCGACGCCGCUGGGAGUGUUCAUUAUUGAGCAAGUCCAUAAGUGCGGGUGUCGCGCCAAAUCUGAUCCCACAAAUCUUCAGUAGCGCCUAUAGCCGUGGUACCAAUCCUCCAUUUGCUGCUAAAUUGCAGAGGCUGUACGCUCAACUUCACAGAAAUGCUGUUGCCAAUAGGAGUGCCCCGGUUCCCGCGAACGUUCAGCCUCCUGCGGUGCCCCAACAACAUGCCCAUCCGGGCACUGCAGUGCAUGCAAGGCUACCAGUUCGAGUUGUGCCUUAUGGGCCAACUGCUCGGCUUCCUGGAAUGCCUCAGCAACACACUGAUUUGGGAGCUCCAAUGCCGACGAGACCCCGGGCGCUGGUUGAGCCUCGACUGCGUGCUCAGCUUCCUGGAAUGCCUCCGCAGCAAGCUUAUACGGGCACUGAAAUGCGUGCAAGACCCCCGGCUCCAGUUGAGCCUCCUAUGCAACAUGCAGGUCAUCCGGAAAAUGCAGUUCCCGCAAGGCCUCAUUUCUCAGCUGUGCCUCCUCAACGGCCUGUUCAACAGCUUUCUCUACAAUCACAGCAGGUACCGCGUAGUCAGUCACCGCCCACUGCUAUAUCGAACCCACCGGGAAUGACCCAGAGCGUAUCAUCGGGAGCAAAAUUAGAUGGACAUCAACCUCGAUCAUGCUCUGUCAAUAGGCAGCCGAGGGAACAGCCGGAAACCGAGAAAGACGAGUUGGCUGACAAGAACACUGUGGAUUCAGAUUCCGCACAGAAUCAUGCAGCCACGGGUCCCACGUUGAGCCCGGUCCAAUUGCCUCUAUAUUCGCCUAGUGCUUUUCCACGUGCCAGUUGGAAGGAGUGGAAACCAACGCUAGCACCUUUGGAAAUCCAUUACCAUACUCCACUUGAGUUGAAGCAGUACCAAUCCCAAUCGGAAUCACCAAUGACGAUAAGUAGUCAUGGCCCUAGUUCGGCUGGCUCAGCAACCCAGCGUGUGGAACGAUGGAGCACUGGCUCAAAGCGAAAAAACAAUGAGUCGCAAGAGCGAGUGCCUCCACCAUCAGCUCGUCUCAAUGAACCGGUCUUCGUCCGACGGGACCUCGAUAAACCACCACAUGAUCAGAAUGAGCAGCAAGAUGAUAUCUCCAGCUCGUAUGAUUCAUGUGUCUAUGAUGCUGAGUCUUCUAAACAGCCAUCAAUCUCGUCCAGAUCGUCGGUAGACAUACCCAGCCAGACUCUGGGUCAAGAUACUCAAAAUCGACCAUUGCACAUUGUGAUAUCAUCUGAUUCCAGCUAUAUUUCAAUACUCGGGGAAAUGGCUUCGCCAAUGGAACGCGAGUAA